UUAAUUUAGACAUAUUAUUGUGUUAGUACAUUGCUAGAAAAUUAUGUGGCUUAUUAUGAAACAAUGUGAAAUCAGAUAAUAUGCGAUUAGUAGCUUUUGGGUAUUAAAUUAUUUUUUAAUUUAACUUUUCAAUAUAACCGAAUACUUUAACGUUGCGCCCACAAGUUUAGUAGGCGUGGCCGGCGUAAUACUUAAGGCCCAAGUAUUAAAUCUAAUCUUUCGUAUCUGUUCAAGGACGGUAUUGUCUCGUAGUUUGUGUAGGUGGGAUUGCGUAAUUUAGUAGGCGUAAGUAACGUUUUAGUGGUGUUGAAGUAAUAUUUGUAUUUUUGUAAUACGUUAGUUGGUAUGUGCAGUUAUUGGUAAUAAUAUAUUUGAUCAAAAAUAAUAUAUUUGAGAUUUGCGCUAUAAUUUCAUCAUGCAUUACAUAUAACAUCAUAGCAUGUAAUUUCAGGGUUUACUGACAGUAAUUCUGAAGGAUAGCUUUCAAAAUAAUUAUUGUUUACAAACGGAACACAUUUGAGGCUUACAAGCCUUUUCAAGGUUAAUGACAAUGGUGAGAGGAGGGAGUCGCCGCGCGGAGUCCUAGCAGCCUGUGAGCUGCUGCGUGGGCGGGCACCAUAGGGCGGCGACGCAUGGCGGCCUCGCGACCCCCCGACGACAGCCUGGUCACGUACAAGCUGGUGGUGGUGGGCGACGGGGGAGUGGGCAAGAGCGCCAUCACCAUCCAGUUCUUCCAGAAGCUGUUCGUCACCGACUACGACCCCACCAUCGAGGACAGCUACAUCCAGCACACCCAGGUGGACGGGCAGUGGUGCAUUCUGGACGUCCUGGACACGGCGGGACAGGAGGAAUUCAGCGCCAUGCGGGAGCAGUACAUGAGGAAGGGAGAUGGCUUUCUCCUGGUGUACUCGGUCACAGACAAGCAGAGCUACGAGAACAUCGUCAACUUCCACACGCAGAUACUCAGAGUCAAAGACAGGGACCUGUACCCCAUGCUGCUGGUGGCCAACAAGGUGGACCUGGUGCACCUGCGCAAGGUGACGGAGGAGGCGGGGCGGGAGCUGGCCCACCGGCUGUCCAUCCCGUACAUCGAGACCAGCGCCAAGGACCCGCCGCUCAACGUGGACGCUGCAUUCCAUGAGGUUGUGCGCAUCAUACGCAACCAGCCACCAGCUGAGCUAGAGAAGAAUCGAAGAAAACGAAGGCACAGCACAAAGUGCAUACUGCUCUAACAAACUGUCAUUAACUCAACUGGUGCUCACUACUCUUAUGUAUUGUCCUUGUUGUACUUGGUGGGAGAAAAAAAACGCACAUUGUAAUUGUAGAAUUAUUUUUGAGAAAGAAUUAUACUUGUUACAUAAGAUGUUUAUUAUAUCCUGAGUGGAUGCUUGUUGUGGUAUGCUUUGCGUGAGUGUCUGUCGUGUUGUAGUGCUGUGGUGUUUGGUGGCACACCUGUCGUUCCCUGUGCGAUGUUGAAAAUACUAAUGGAGUGUUUAUGAAGUGUGGGUUUAGAUCUGUAUAGCCUACAGGUUAGUAGUAGAGUAGGCUGAUGUGGUGUGAUGUAGAUUGCUUCUAUAUGUGACAAUAAUAUUGUGCUCUAUCUGCAUGUUCUGAAA